CCUUUUUUAGAUCUAUCUUUCGGGUUCUGCCACUGCUCCUUGUUAUGUCUCCGGUGAAUUCAUCCAGUUGUGCAAUGGGAAACAAAACAACUGAAAUCCAUGAGAAGUAUAAGAAUAUACUAAGCCACGACAUCGACGAGCUGGUAAAUAUGUCUGCAGAGUAUCGUGACAGGUGCUGCAAGAAUAAAAACCCUGAAAAUGUCAAAGUGUUUUUCUGCAAUGAUACUCAGGAAAUAGAAUCACUGCAGAGUAUGGCAUGCAACAUGCUCAGAUUCUUUCAUAAGCAAAAAAUCAGCAAAGACUUUAGAUGGAAAGCAGCAUUAGUCUCAUGUAGGACGUUGCAGGUUCUACAGUGCAAAUGUGAAAGACAUAAAAAAGAAAAGGUUUGCACACAGGUGAAUACACAUAAUAAAGAAGAAAGCAAAAACAAAUGUAACCAAGAAUUUUGUGAACUGAAAGAAAAUAUAUGUAGCCUUAGAUCCUGCUGGAAUAAAUUCGAAAAAAUAAUUUCCAGGUGA